AUGCAGUUCAACAAGGAGGAGUUUAAGAAGUUGGCCGGCGGCGCCUUGGGCCAGCUACACCGGCUUCUGGAGCGCCGGCAGCCAGGUAGGGAGACAAUCGAGCUGACAGCAGAGGGCCGGGCAGUGGAAGUGGCUGAGAAGCACCGCCCAGUUGUGGACUGUACGUGCUGUGGCCUCCCACGCCGCUACAUCAUCGCCAUCCUCUGUGGCCUCGGCUUUUGCAUCAGCUUUGGCAUCCGUUGCAACCUGGGUGUGGCCAUCGUCAGCAUGGUCAACAACAGCACCGUCCACCGUGGUGGCAAGCUGGUGGUCCAGAAAGCCCAGUUCACCUGGGACCCCGAAACCGUGGGGAUGAUUCACGGCUCCUUCUUCUGGGGCUACAUCGUCACCCAGAUCCCUGGCGGGUUCAUCGCCCAGAAAUUCGCUGCCAACAGGGUCUUCGGCUUUGCCAUCGUGGCCACCUCGACCCUGAACAUGCUAAUCCCCUCGGCUGCCCGCAUGCACUACGGCUGCGUCAUCUUCGUGCGCAUCCUGCAGGGGCUGGUGGAGGGGGUGACAUAUCCGGCCUGCCAUGGGAUCUGGAGUAAGUGGGCACCCCCGCUGGAGCGCAGCCGCCUCGCCACCACUGCCUUCUGCGGCUCCUAUGCAGGCGCAGUGGUGGCCAUGCCCCUGGCCGGGGUCUUGGUACAAUACUCAGGGUGGAGCUCUGUCUUCUAUGUGUAUGGGAGCUUUGGGAUUUUAUGGUACCUGUUCUGGUUGAUGGUGUCAUAUGAGAGCCCAGCCCAGCACCCCACCAUCACGGAGGAGGAGCAGCGCUACAUCGAGGAGAGUAUCGGAGAGAGCGCUGGCCUUGUCAACCCCCUCAAGAAAUUUAGCACACCCUGGCGCAAGUUCUUCACAUCCAUGCCUGUCUACGCCAUCAUCGUGGCCAACUUCUGCCGCAGCUGGACCUUCUACCUGCUGCUCAUCAGCCAGCCAGCCUACUUUGAGGAGGUCUUCGGCUUUGAGAUCAGCAAGGUGGGCCUGCUCUCAGCCCUCCCCCACCUGGUCAUGACCAUUAUUGUCCCCAUCGGGGGGCAGAUCGCUGACUUUCUGCGCUCACGGAGGAUCAUGUCCACCACCAAUGUCCGCAAGAUGAUGAAUUGUGGGGGCUUUGGCAUGGAGGCGACGCUACUGCUUGUGGUGGGCUAUUCUCACACCAAGGGCGUGGCCAUCUCCUUCUUGGUCCUGGCCGUGGGGUUCAGCGGCUUUGCCAUUUCAGGGUUCAAUGUGAACCACCUAGACAUUGCCCCCCGCUAUGCCAGCAUCCUCAUGGGCAUCUCUAAUGGCGUUGGCACCCUCUCGGGCAUGGUGUGCCCCAUCAUUGUUGGUGCCAUGACCAAACACAAGACGCGUGAGGAGUGGCAGUACGUGUUCCUCAUCGCCUCGCUGGUGCAUUACGGGGGAGUCAUCUUCUACGGCAUCUUUGCUUCAGGGGAGAAGCAGCCAUGGGCUGAGCCAGAGGAGAUGAGCGAUGAAAAGUGCGGUUUCAUCCACCAGGACGAGUUGGCCGAUGAGGAGGAUGAGGCAGCGCGGGUGGCUGAGGGCCUGGGGGGCAGCGGUGGCAGUGUGGGUGGCUAUGGGGCCACCCAGAGCACCAGCUUCGCCAACGGGGGCUGGACCGCUGACUGGGACCGCAAGGAGGAGUUUGUACAGGAGCCCGGCAAGGAUGCCUACAUGCCUGAAGGAGAGCCCCAUCCUGCCACUGGCUGAGAGCGAGCUGGCUGCCUCCAUCAUGAAUUAGUUGUGGCAGCAGCUGGGGGUGACCUACACUGAAGAGCGGGUCUGACCCCCCAGCCCCACCAGGAACCCCAAUAAAGAUGCG